AUGCAGUACCAUCAAACAGAAGAAAAUCCAUACGCGUGGGAUAUUGAACAACCUAACCUGACUACACUCGAAUACGAUGAGUUCGCACUUGCUACAAUAUUGUUGCACAUCAACACGUAUAUUGCAUUCAUAAUAGCUGUAAUUGUGAAUUCAACCUUGUUUUGUUUGAUAUUUAAAUAUACGCCAUCUCAUAUGAAACAGUACAAAAUCAUGCUGAUGCCAAGCGUUGUCAUUGACGUUAUUUUCACCACCGUGCUGGCUUUGGGAUUGUUUGUAGGUUUUGAAAAUUUAAUUUUUUUUAAAUUUAGUUUAAAAAUUUUGUAAAAUACGUUUAUUUUUUAAGAUUUUUGUAAAAAUUGAAUACGUUUAGAAGAUAAAGACAACUGAUGGUGUAGUAAUGAUCGCGCUGGAAGGCGUCGCCGCGAACUUUCCAUUACAAGUUCGUAUAUGCUACGUGUCGUUAUUUGGAGUUUUGACAUUAAUUAUAACGGCCUUACUGCCCACACAAACAUACUACAGAUACUACUGCAUAACAAGGUAAAACCCACUCUUUUUGGCGGUUUUUUAAACUGCCCCUUCCCCCCCCUUCCCCCCCCUCUUCCCUAGACUCAGUCUUGAUCGGGUCUACAACUUUUUGAAAACAUAGUAAGUAUACGAUAUAAAUAAAAUUUAGACCAAAUCCAAUGACAAUCAAACAGACAAUGCUAUUAUACGCCUUUGUCAUCGCCGCCACAGUCCCAGUGUUUUAUUUCUCUCAUGAAAGUUACAGUACUUCUGGUUUGUCGAGGCAGCCAUAUAACUACGCCACGUUGUGGUACAAACAAGUACCCGCACCCAACUUACUAAUCGGAGACGAGGUGAGCAGGUCUUAUAGAUAGUUGUAGACUGGAAUAGCAAAAGCUCUGCCGGUUUUAGGCAUAAGGCGUGGGUGAAAAAUUGACAUUAGCAACCAAUUUAAAAAUUUUUUAGAUAUGAUCUAAACUUUAACAGAAUAUAGUUGUUGUAUUUUCAGCACUCCUUUUACCAGAACGUCAAUUGCAAAUUAACUGGAACAGUAAUGCUUACGUCCUAUGUUAUGUUCGCAAUUUUGGCUGUAAAAACAGUCAGAGUAUUAAAGAAAGAAUGUCAUAACCUCUCUGAGAAGACAAAAACUCUACAACGACAAUUAACUUACUACUUAUUGUUGCAGGUAACCAUCGUUUUGUACAUAACAUUGGCUAAUACUAGUGCUGGGUGAGAAUUGAAGCUUCGUUAUAGUAUUAGGUGCCGACAUAAAGAACCCGCCAUUUUUUACAAGAAAUUACAGGAAUGGCGGAAUCUUUAUAUUGCCACUUAUGGCCGGACGCGAGAGGGGGGGGGGAGGGAAAGGGGAAGGAGUACUCCCAGAAAAAAAAUUUUCGGAAAUAUUUGAACGUGUCCCCCCUGCGGAGUUUAAAAAAAAAUUUUUCGAAACCAGCCCUCAGACCAAAAGUCUCCGGCCGGUUCUGUCGACAUCUUAUAUAUUUGUUUUUACUAUUCUGUAAACGUUUUUAAAGUAGAAGCGUAUUUUAAAUAAUACAAACAUACUUUCAGGCCUUUUUGCCAUGCGUUGUAAUAAUAUUUCCUGUGAUAUUUAUUGUGGUAAAGCUGCUUUUACAUCAAGAUUCCGACAGCGCUGCCAUAUUGUCAUGCCUUUUGGUAACAUGGAUUCCGGUUUUUAACCCGGUUAUGACAAUUUGCGUUAUGACACCGUAUCGCAAUGGCAUUGUUUCACUGUUGGGGAUGAGAAAAGUAGCAGUACUUAACAAUUCGUUUAGUACGACACCUAUUUAA